UUAACCUUACUUUGUUUUAAAGAGGUGUGUUAUUAAAAUUGUAGAAAAGUUGCUGUUUUAGAGAUUAACUCAGUUUUUUUUAUAUUUAUAACAGCAAGAAUAUUAUUACUUACAUUUUCGUGGAAUAUUCAGUUUAAUACAUUUUAAAUAAGUUUUAUAUUUCUGAGGCAAAUAUGUUGCAAAAACCACAAUACAACUUUUCCUAAAUUUCAUAAUGAACUGAAAAUGAGUGUACCAAUAGAACCCGAUCAACAACCAUGGUGCAGAAAAUUAUACGCAAAUGAGGGAUAUCCUGACAACUAUACCGACGAGACCUUUCUCAGAGAGCUUCGUAAGAACAUUUACUUUAAACCUGUCUCGUUCAAAGAAGCGAUAAAGGGAGCGUCAUUAGUUAUUAACGAACUGUGUACUGUUGUCCUGUUUGUUCUUCACUACACUUUUUUAUAUAACAAUUGGAUAGAUCCUAGCACAGUAUUUACAUAUUCAAGUAGUGUUACUUUUAUUGGGUACAUAAUUUAUUCGUUUAAAAGUAUAAGCAUUAAUAAGAAGACUAUAGGACACGAUGUGAGAACAUUACUUAUGUAUAUAGUGUUUGGGCAUUUAUUUUCUCCAGUUUUGCACACUCUUACAGACACUAUUAGUACCGAUACAAUUUACACGAUGACUUUUUUUAUGAUGUUGAUCCAUUUAAUUUUUUUCAAUUAUGGUAUUGAUGGAUCGAUCGUAUCAAACGGUUUAUCGAUAAGCGCAGCGAUUUUUGCUUCGAUUUGUUUAUCGUCGCGGCUCGCAUCUGCCUUUGAGGCUUUUGUACUAAUGACUUUUUCCACUCAAUGUUUCAUUCUAUUUCCAUUUUUGAAAGCAAAAGUGGAUAAUUUAUAUUUUAUAACACCUUCACUAGUGGCAUUUGAUAUAGUGGUGUUAUGGUGCGUUUCAAAGACAAUGUUUGCGCUAUUUCUUUGCAGUUUGGUGCUAUUAAAUGGUCUCUGUCCUUAUCUUUUUGUAAAAUACCAGCGACACAAAGACAAUAUCCACGGACCGUGGGAUGAGGCAGUCGUAGAAGACACAAAGCAAAUUUAAACAGUUUAUUUAACUGAUUAAUAAUGUACAAAAAUGUAUAUGUACACUGUUUAAUUAACAAUAAAGG